GGGGGGGCGUCCGGCUGGCUGCAGCCCGAGCGCAGGGUGAGCAAACGUCGUACUACAGAUAGACGCGGCGGGGAGGCGCGCAGCACUCGGCUCAGCUCGCCAGCGAAGCUCGGCUCUGCGGACCCGGCGGCCAACUGCUACCGGCCAGCGGCGAAUCUCCUGGGCAGGACACUACGGGCGCGACAGUCGCCGACCGAUAAGGAAAGCGUUUCGGAGGCGGUGUCACUCGGCAGCGGGAUAAGACAUGGCUACCACGACCUGUACGCGGUUUACGGACGAGUACCAGCUGUACGAGGAGCUCGGAAAGGGGGCGUUUUCAGUCGUGCGCCGAUGUGUCAAGCUGUGCGUGGGCCAAGAAUACGCUGCCAAAAUAAUCAACACGAAAAAGCUCUCCGCAAGAGAUCACCAGAAGCUGGAGCGUGAGGCUCGUAUUUGCCGGCUGCUGAAGCAUCCCAACAUCGUUCGUCUCCAUGACAGCAUAUCAGAAGAAGGCUUCCACUACCUCAUCUUUGACCUGGUGACAGGAGGGGAGCUGUUUGAGGACAUUGUGGCCAGAGAGUACUACAGCGAGGCGGAUGCCAGUCAUUGCAUCCAGCAGAUCCUGGAGGCGGUGCUUCACUGCCAUCAAAUGGGCGUGGUGCACCGAGACCUGAAGCCAGAAAACCUGCUUCUGGCAAGCAAGUGCAAGAAUGCUGCCGUGAAGCUGGCCGACUUCGGUCUGGCCAUCGAGGUGCAGGGGGACCAGCAGGCCUGGUUUGGCUUCGCUGGAACGCCGGGGUACCUGUCCCCUGAGGUGCUGAGGAAGGAGGCGUACGGCAAGCCUGUGGACAUCUGGGCAUGUGGUGUGAUCCUGUACAUCCUGCUGGUGGGGUAUCCUCCAUUCUGGGAUGAGGACCAGCACAAGUUGUACCAGCAGAUCAAAGCGGGAGCUUAUGACUUCCCCUCUCCAGAGUGGGACACGGUCACUCCUGAGGCGAAGAACCUGAUCAACCAGAUGCUGACCAUCAACCCAGCCAAGAGGAUCACUGCCCAGGAGGCUCUGAAGCACCCCUGGGUCUGCCAACGCUCUACAGUGGCUUCUAUGAUGCACAGACAAGAGACCGUGGAGUGCCUUAAGAAAUUCAAUGCCAGGAGGAAGCUCAAGGGAGCCAUCCUCACCACCAUGCUGGUUUCGCGAAACUUCUCUGUGGGCCGGCAGACCACGGCUCCCGCCACCAUCACCGCGGCCGCCGCAGCCGGCACGACCGCGGGGCUGGUGGAGCAAGCAGCCAAGAGUUUGCUGAACAAGAAAGCAGACAUCAAGCCGCAGUCAAACAGCACGAAAAACAGCACGGUCACCAGCCCCAAAGGAAACGUCCCUUCUCCCGCUCUGGAAGCUCAGACCACUGUUAUCCAUAAGCCAGUGGAUGGGACCAAGGAGUCGUCGGACAGCAGCAACACCACCAUCGAAGACGAAGACAUGAAAGCACGCAAGCAGGAGAUCAUCAAGAUCACCGAGCAGCUGAUCGAGGCUGUCAACAAUGGGGACUUUGAGGCAUAUGCGAAGAUCUGUGACCCUGGAUUGACCUCCUUCGAACCCGAAGCCCUGGGGAACUUGGUGGAGGGGAUGGACUUCCACAGAUUCUACUUUGAGAACCUGCUCUCCAAGAACAGCAAGCCCAUCCACACAACCAUCCUGAACCCACACGUGCACCUGAUCGGCGAAGACGCCGCCUGCAUCGCUUACAUCCGCCUGACGCAGUUCGUGGACGGCCAGGGGCGCCCGCGCAGCAGCCAGUCGGAGGAGACGCGGGUGUGGCACCGGCGCGACACCAAGUGGCAGAACGUGCAUUUCCACUGCUCGGGGGCACCGGCGGCACCGCUCCAGUGAAGGAGCGAUACUGUAGCCCCUCCGGAGGAGAGUGCCCGACUGGGGGGGAGGGAGCGAGGAAGACCGUCAGCCAAGGAGGGACCAGGCCUCCCACGCUGGGCACCCGUCCUCACACGCAUGCACACAUCCCUGUAGCUACCACCACCUGGCUGCCCCGCCCCGCCCCGCCCUGCCCCCCAUCGCCCCGCCCCCCAUCUCAUGCCCUGCUGCCAGCAGCUCACACUCCCCUACAUGGUGCCACUCGCUAGGGCAGUAGCAUUUUCAGGUAGCAUUAGAUGGGGGGGCAGUUCCGCGAUGCUCCCCCGUGACUCUGGCUUCCUGCACAGCACCUGCAGCACCAGCACAGUCUCAGCCACCCUCGUCUCAUUUUAAAGGGGAUCCUCUCCUUAUUAUCAUUAUUGUUAAUAUAAUCGCUAUUAUUACAAUAACUACAAUUAACAUUCUGGUUGCUGCACAUGUACUUUGUACGGUUCACACUCUUGAUGCCAGUGGUUCCCACACUUCCCGGUGACCUCUCUCUCUCUCUCUCUCUCUCUCACACACACACACACACUCUUUUUGAGAAAGCAUGAUUUUUUUCAGUAUCACAGUGGCUGUUUUCUAUUGUGCUUUUGAAACAGACAGGCUGCCUCUUGGCUGUUUUGUAUACGCUUACGUCCCCCGCGGAGAGCCUCCAGCGGCCCGGUGUUUGGGUGAGGCAGCCGGUCCGAGGCUCUGCAGCCCCGUGGGCGAUCUGCUGAUGGCUCUCGCUUGGCCCAAUUGCUGUACAUCCUUCCCCCGUGUCACAUGAUCUGGAGGCGGGGCUCCUCUGGCUGCUAAUCCCCUCGCCGCGAGUGUAAACGCAGCAUCUCCGGGCCAGAUUUGCGCCCUGCAGCGGCUUGCAUGCGUCGCAGUUAAAGAGCCUUAGCAUUAGAGGGAGCCUUUCCGCUGGCUAGUGUCUCAGUUAAUGCGGGAGGGAGGGGGGUCUCUGUAGAUAUCUGUGAAAUCUGCCCUCGCUCGCUCUGAGUCACGUUCACGGAGUCCUCGCUGUUGGCGUCGCUUCUUUUGUUGUGAAUGCUGUUGUUCCCGGGCCAGACGUGGCGAAAGGAUGGCGGCUGGUGCAGGCAGCUGUCCAGCGUUCAGGCACUACAGCGCCCCCCUGAGUACUUGGGAAUAAGCCUGCAGAGUGGGUGUGUAAAGCUCAGGGUCAGAGGUCACGCCCAGUGUAGCAUGCACCAGGCUGGAAAAGGCCCUCCCUGAGCUUACCCUGCUUUUGGAUCAAUGUCUUGCGUCCGUCCUCCCCCAGCUCCUCGUGCCAGUGCCACUGCUGGCCCCCAGAAGCACCUCCGCACACUUCUGCACGCUCCUCGCACAUAUAUGUAGCAGAACGGAGGCUGUCAAUGAAUUAGGCUGCGUGUAUCAGCAUGGGGGGAUGGCACAGUGGGGGCUGUGAGCUGGAGCCUGCAGAGAGUGCUGCUUGGCCCUUUGCCAGUGUUAUACUCUUAUUUAUUUAGCUGAACUCAUCUGCUCUACCUCUGUGUUUUACUGUACAGCCAGCGUGUCGUCGUCUGCUCCUGCUCUAGCUGCCUGAUUGUUGUUCUGUUGUUUUUUUUUUUGGUUGUUUUUUGGUGGCCUGCAUACAGAUAGGAGGCUGGGACAGUGUCAGGAGACCUGCCCCCACUCAAGAAGCGGCAUGUGAACAUGAGGGAGGGGCUUUGUGUUCGGACCUUUGUUCCCAGUCUCUCUCCCAUUUUCCACUGGGAUGUGAUGUCACAUGGUUUAAACCCGCCCCGCCCACUUGAUCUGGAUGUGUUCACUCAGUAAAGAGAAAAAGCAACUUGAACAUGUGACGCCUUCCAAACCGGGGUGACCGCAGCAUGUUAACUGUCCUGUUUUAUGUUGCUUUCAGUGUGUUAAUCAUGGAAAAAAAAAACUAUUAAAUACAAAAUUACGGUUAACUUGUUUAAUUGGAUGCCGUUUCUCUGCAUGACAUUCGGUGGGACGCUGGAUUUGUUUGUUUUUUUUUUACUGAAUGCUGGUAAACUUAAUCUUUAACUAUUUUCUUUGUAAAUGCAUAAGACUAUUUUGUUCUCAAAAUGACAACGACGAUGAUGUUGAUGGUGGUGAUGACGAUGAAGAAUGCAACGAUGACGGUGUAAUAACAAUUGUACAGCAUGCUUUUGUACAGGCCUCAUCGUUGUCCUGGCAGACAGGGUGGCACCGCGUGGGUUAGACAGGCAGGCAGGCAGACAGACAGACAGACAGACACAUUAGAGAAUGGAUGGCUAUGAUUUCAGCCCCCUCCAAUCUGUGCGCAUCACAUUUGGCAAGAACACCCCCUAAGUGUUGGCCGCAAAAGCAAUCUACCAGAUAGCAGUUUCUCAUAAUAUUGAACUAAAUUAUCAGCACUUGGAAAGAUUAAGACUUAAUUUCUCAUUUUUUAUUGAAUAAUCUGUUUAUGGUUAAGUAUAUUGUUUUCUAGCUUAUGAAAAUCACAGUAUUUAAGCAUGGAAGUAACAGUAUGAUUUUGUUGUUUGGGUUCUCUUAAAGGGAUAUUAUAAAACUUUAUUUCUAAUAUUAAAGCAUGCAGCUCGAUGAAGGAACUUUUACUACGUUUUUCCUUUGGUUAUGGCUGGUUUAGUGUCUCUGAGAUGAAUCUUUGUGGUUGCAGUAGCGGCUUUUUGGUGACACCGGUGUCUGCUUAGGCACUGUGAUGAUAGAAUAGACCGUUUGUGCGGCGCUACCGACAAUAAGUAAAGGUGGUUCUCCAGAUGAGGUGUAUAGAUUUGGGUGCCGUGGCCCUUUUCGCAGUGAGCCCCACCUGCCAUGACGGCCCUGAGCUUAACCCUUUGUGAUGUUUCUGUCAUACUUUCCCCUUUUUUAAUCGUAUAUAGUCUUUCUCUCAACUUGAACCUUCGUGUUUCUGUUCCUGUCAGUUGAAGGUUCCUAGUGAGCAUUAUAUCCUAUAUUUCACUGAGUCCUCUGAUGACUGCUCUGUUGUCCAAUGUGAUCACUGUAUUCUCUAACUUAAGGAAAUGUAUUAUGAUGUUAUCAAUAAAAAAUUACUAAAACACA